AUGGACGAACGCGCCAAGAUCCGAGUCACUCUUCCUCGAGAGAACCCAACCUCCAGCUACUGGCAAGAUCCUCUCGAUGACAUUGCCGACCAGCGUACCACCAAGGACCUCCCAGACCGUGCCGACAUCGUCAUUAUCGGAAGCGGCAUUACCGGCGCUGCGAUAGCAUGGAACCUCCUGAAAGAUGUCAAACCUGGGGAAACGGGGCCCAGAAACAUAGUCAUGCUUGAAGCCCGCCAGGCCUGCUCCGGCGCAACCGGUCGCAACGGUGGACACACCAAAGCCGCCUCCUACCGCUCCUUUCUCGAGCACGCCUCACUCCUCGGCACUCCUGCCGCCGUACAAAUCGCCCGACUCGAGUACGACAACAUCCAAGCCGUCCACGCCUUUGCUAAAGAGCACAACAUACCUUGCGACUCCAACCCCUGCCACACCAUCGACAUUAUCUACUCUGAAACCCAAUGGACCGCCGCCCACGAAGCCGUCUCCGCCAUGAAGGCCGCUUUCCCCACUGGGGAUCCAGUAGCAGAAUACACCUUCCACUCCCCCGCCGAGGUCCAGUCCAAAUUCCACUGCGCCCUCGACGCCGGCACCGUAGCUGCAUGUGGCCAAACACAAACGUUGUAUGGAGGCGUCUCCUACCCAGCCGGCAGCAUCUCCUCGUACGCCUUCACCACCGGCCUCCUCAAGCUCUGCCUAUCCCGCGGCCUAAACCUGCAAACCAACACGCCUGCCACCUCGCUGAUGAAAAACCGAGACGAGCGCACCUGGACCGUCCAAACCCCUCGCGGCAACAUCUGGACCAGGGACAUCAUCCUCGCCACGAACGGGUACACGGCCGCCAUCGCGCCCACUUUUCAGGGUGUCAUCGUCCCCCUGCGUGGACAGGUCACGGCACAAAGGCCCGGAAGCAAGAUUCCCGAGAAGGGGUGUCUGCCGACUACGUACAGCUUUAUUUACGAUAAGGGGUACGAGUACAUGAUUCCGCGACCAAAGGGUAGUCGAAACGAGGGCGACUUGGUUAUUGGCGGUGGGCUGGUGAAGGCUAAGGAGGACGGAUUAGAGGAGUAUGGGACUACGGAUGAUACCACGGUCAAUGAGGAGAUCAGUCGUUACUUGGCGGACACGCUGACGAGGUACUUUGGUGGUGGUGACGGAAAGGGGAACUGGGGAGAGGAUCACCCAGAUGGAAGAGUAAGAAAUGAGUGGACGGGAGUAAGAAAUGAGUGGACGGGGAUCAUGGGGUAUACACCUGAUGGGUUCCCCAUGGUCGGAGCGGUACCGGGGGAUAACGGGUUCUGGAUGAGUUGUAGUUUCCAGGGGCAUGGCAUGGUGUUGUGCUGGAUGUGCGCGAAGGCGUUGGUGGAGAUGAUGGAGGGGAGGGAUAACGAGGAGUUGAAGGGGUGGUUCCCAGAGGUGUUUAGGGUUGGGUUUGAGAGAAUGAGGAAGAAGUUCCUGGGUAGGUUGCAUACGAGCGUUGCGGUGCCACCGGGGCCGCCGGUUGGAGGGGAGUCUAGGUAA